AUGCUUUGGGAGCGCAGCAGGAUCGUCAUGGACGACGGCGGUGGCGUUGACGACUUCACCUUCGCCGCCGCCCAGCCGCCUCCUCGUCUACUAUCUGCAGGCAGCGGCGGCGGUUGCAUGGGCCCGCCGCUGCUGUACCCAGUCUUCGGCCGGCCGAGGUCCCCGCCGCGGGCUGCUCCGGUCCCGGAGCCAGAGACGGCCACCGCGCGGGUGCCGCUAGGACGGCUUCUGCUCGUGGACAGGGAUCCGUCGCCGCCGCCGCCGCCAGCGCCCGCAGACGACGUCGACGACGGCGAAGGCCUCGACUCGGUGCCGGCGGAGAUGUUCGGCCCCUGGUCCCCCGGGUGGUCGGCCGCGGCGGCGGCGGCGGCGGCGGCGUCCUCCUCCCCGGCGCGGUGCAAGAAGAGCAGCUCCACGGGGUCCGUGCUCCGCUGGCGGCCCCGUCUCGUCGUCGGUCGUAGCCAGAGCGACGGCAAGGAGAAGUUCGUCUUCUUGAGCACCGCCUCCUCCGGCGGGUCGUUCGGGCGCCGGAACCAGAAGGGGCGAGGCGCCGUGGAGGGUGCUGCCAGCGCCGGUUCCGCUGGAGGUGGUGGUGCCCACGCCUGGAGCUAUUACGUCAACAAUAAUAAGGGCGGCGGCGCGCGUCGCCGGAGGUCGUUCCUGCCAUACAAGCAGGACCUCGUCGGGCUGUUCGCCAACGCCGCCUUGUUCCGCCGGAGCUACCUCCCGUUCUGA